AAAUGUUGAGUUGGCAUGUUAGACUCGAGGAUCGAACAUUCCCAUAUUUACGGUAAUUGUGUUCCCGUUGUGUAACAACGCAUGGAGAAAGCGCGGUAUUUUAGUCACUUCAUGCUGCAAGGCAAGAUGGCCAGUCCUGAACUAGCCCUUGUCAUAGAGCGAGCUGUUGCAGCUGGCGUUAGGGCGGCCCUCCAAGACCGACCGACGCCUACACCAGGAACAAGUCUCGUCGCAACAGACACCACAUCAUUGCCGUCGGUAUCAGCAGUGAUUUCAUCACCAAGUACAGCGACCACAUCACAGAGAUCGGAUGGUAACCUUGGACAGCAGAGCUACAUUUCCAAACAAGAUAUCGAAAAUGUGCUGUCAUUAAAGACCACACUGACAGAAGUUGCUUCCAUCCUCUGCAUUUCCAGACCAACCCUGUACAAACUCAUGAGGGAGCACAACAUCUCAAGAACAAAGUUUGUACAAUUUAGUGAUGAGGAAUUAGAUUCUGCAGUAUCUCAGAUUAAAGCAGAACAUCCUCAUGUGGGAGAGGUCAUGCUUAAUGGACAUAUGCGUUCAAGGGACAUUGUGGUGCAAAGAAAGAGGUUAAGAGAGUCAAUUAAAAGGGUUGAUUCUGGGGGUGUUGAGUCCAGGCGGAGAACAACGAUAUCCAGGCGUGUUUAUUCUGUGCCAUGUCCAAAUUUUAUCUGGCACCUGGAUGGUAACCAUAAACUGAUAAGAUGGAAAUUAGUUGUACAUGGUGCAAUGGACGGCUACAGUAGGAUGCUCAUGUUUCUCCAGUGCUCUAACAACAAUCGGUCUGAAACCGUUAAACAGCUUUUCACUACAGCAAUAAGACAGUUUGGCAGACCUCUGCAUAUCAGAACUGACUUGGGGGGAGAGAAUGUUCUUGUUUGGGAGGAUAUGCGGGAAAGCAGAGGAGAAGAAUCUGUUUUAACAGGAAGCUCUGUACAUAACCAGCGCAUUGAACGUUUUAACAGGGACUUAAAUAAUAAUUGCAGUCAUGUCUACUCACCCAUUUUUUAUGAACUGGAGUCAAUGAAUGUGCUAGACUUGGACAAUGAAACAGAUAUAUUUGCUCUUCAUUAUGUUUACAUUCCUAGAAUUAAUCGCACAUUAAAUGAAUUCGGGGCUGCUUUUAAUAAUCAUUCAGUGUCCUCAGAGGGAAACCGAACCCCUCUGCAGCUUUUCACAUUAGACCGCCAUCUGCAGAACCUCCACAACCCAGACACUGCAUUAGAACAGCUCUGUAAUGAGCCCGCAGCACCAACUCCUAUGUAUGGAGUAGAUUCAUUUUGCCCAUUACAAAGAUGGGAUUUACAGGAGCUUUCCCUCACUGUAAACCCUCUUGAAAAUGACCAUAACAAUGGAAAGACAUUAUUUCAAAGAGUGCAGCAGUUUGUUUUCAGUAAAAUUGUAAGCUCACAUUUGCAUUCUGAGUAAUGCCCUCUUGGAUUUUCCCAUCAACAUUUACCAUACAUGUUCUGUUGAUCAGUCUGCUUAUUUUCUACUGUUACUUGUUUGGUUCCCCUCGGGUAUUGAAGUUGUGUCAUGUGUUCCCUGUCUGGUCGUCAUCUAAAGUCUGUUAAGUGCCCAUGUGGGAUAAGUUUUGAUUUGUUUUGUUUUUCCUUCUCUUGAUGGAAUUUUGAAUUAAUUUAACCCUUUUUGGAAUCAU